AUGUCUCAAAAGAUUUAUCUUCAAGGAAUCACCGACAAUGUCAAACUCGCAAGGGAGCAUGCCUUGCUUGGUAGUUAUUCAGUCUCCCUUGCAUACUAUGAUGGAAUAUCGGACCAAAUAGAUUCAUACAUGAACGACAAUCUACUCGGAAUGGAUUCCAAAACACAAUGGGCUCAGCUCAAACAAAGACUAAAACAAGAAUAUCAAAUUAUACAACACAUUCAAAAUGAAUUGAACACAUUCAGUAACGGUUUAUCUCAAGGAAAUAGCAACAGUGGAAGUAACAACACCCGAAUGAAACCGAUUGCCAAAUUCUUUGAAGACCAACCCGAAAAGUCAUCUGGUGGAGGAUGUGUAUUUGUUGUAAAUACUGUUUCCAACAGCAACAACAACAACUCUCCACCUGUGUAUGACGAUGGUUCAUUUGGUCCUAGAGCGAAAACCCCAAGCGCCAAUCAACAAAACACUUCUCCGCAAGACAAUUAUGAUCCCGAUGUGUGGCUUCCUCCAACACCAGUGCAGGGAGUAAGCAAACCAAAGAGAUUACAACCAAACAAUGCUGAGAAGAAAGUAGUAUCUUCUAAACCAGUGAACAAUAGAGUAAGUAUUGUUGAACCAACAAUGAAUGACAUUUGUAGAUUGUUAAUUAUGGGAAAGACCAUGCUUGCAAAAGCUGUUGCCACAGAAUGUAAAACAACAUUUUUCUGCGUUUCUGUUUCCGCCUUAACCUCAAAAUGGAGAGGUGAAUCUGAGAAAUUAAUCAAGUUAUUAUUUGAAAUGGCUCGAUUUUAUGCUCCAAGUACGAUAUUUAUUGACGAAAUUGAUGCUUUAGGAAGUAAGAGAUCUGAAGGUGAACACGAAGCAAGUAGAAGAGUAAAAACAGAGUUAUUGGUUCAAAUGGAUGGUGUAAAUAAUGACAGUAAUUCGACAGAUGAUGCCAAAAGAAGAUGGUACUUGUGCUUGGUGCCACAAAAUCAUCCUUGGGAGCUCGAUGACGCCUUAAGAAGACGGCUUGAAAAGAGAAUACAUAUACCCUUGCCUGACCUAGAAGGAAGACGAUUAAUUUUCAAAUUAUAUCUUGACAAGCUAAUACUUGCUGACGAUGUGGAUGUGGAAGAACUUUCAAAGUUGACAGAAGGAUACAGUCCUGCAGAUAUUAAGUUAAUUUGCAGAGAUGCAGCGAUGAUGGUCCUUAGAAAAGCCAUAGAAAAUCUUGGCAAGACUGAAAUUAUUUCCAAACAAGGUGAGAUCAAAAAUCAACCAAUAACAAUGAGCCACUUCUUGGAGACAUUGAAGAAUGUCAGCUCCUCAGUUGGUACGGCUGAAUUGGACAGAUACAAAAAGUGGAUGGAGGAGUAUGGAUCUAAAUAA